AUGAGCGAGAGCAGCCGCGUGUGCUCGGGCUACUACAGCCUCAACCGCAGCUUCGUGGAGCCCUUUCAGUGCCCGCGGCACGGCGACGGGGCCGCGCUGCUCUACUGUUGCGGCUUUGCAGACCUCAAGUACUGCUGCAGCGAGCCGGGCAGCUACUUCCCCUACAAGCACAGCUACAUGUGGAGCCUCAGCAUUGGUGCUCUGAUUGGACUGGGAAUCGCCGCCCUUGUGUUGCUUGCCUUUGUCAUCAGUGUCUGUGUCCUCUGCUAUUUAUUUCUGUACACAAAACCUCAAAGAUUAGACAAUGGCCUUAAACUCCAGCACCUAGAGGCAUCCUCUGCCCUAGAAGGCAACUUAAAUAGAAAAACCAAAGGCCUCAUUUCAAAUGCAGCAUCAAAUUCAACAAAUGAAACAGUCUAUGAAGCUGACGAUGGAACUCAAGGAAAGACAAUGGAUACAACACAAAUCAAUAUUGCCCAUUAG